AGAAAGUUUAGUAGUGUUGAAAGAUUAGUAGUGUUGAAGCUUAUAGGACUCUUGUUGAUAUCUUGCCAAUUAGUGGAGAUGUGCCUGGUAGAAAAAGCAGAAAUAUACGGAAUUAUUUUAAAAGGUGAGAUAGAUAACUGGAUAUCCCAAAACUACCAGCAACCUAACGACAACGUACUAAGUACAAUUUUAUCCAACAAUUAGCCAAUUAGAACCCAAUCACAUUAGGACUAGGAAGCAGGGAAAUAAGUUGCAUGCAAACUGUGGGGUCCACAAACGGGUAUUUAUAGAUACCCUAAGCGAAACUGACUGGCAAGUUUCUGGGAGCAGCAAACAGGGAAACCUUUGUACUUGGGUGCCGAGGCUACUAUGACUGUUGAGUAUGAUGCGAAGGGAACUGAAUCUUGGUUCCUAAAGUUCACCGUUUUGGGACAACCAUUUAUAUUAGCAUAUAAGGGGUGCUUAACAUUGAAGAAGGCUAUGAAACUUAAGCUUGCCCUUGCUGGAAGUCAGAUGGCAAAUGCAGGGAUGUACAUUAAGAAGACAGUGCAAAGAGCCACGGUGGAAAGUUGGUCACUUGGGAUUCAAGACACCAAAGACUCGACUAAGAUCUCUAGUUUUCGCGAAUUCAAAGUACCGAAGCGCAGGAAAUGGCAUAUUUUCAACAAAAAACAUAUUGAGGUCCAUGGACAAAGAAAAGUGAAGAAAGAAGUUUUAUCGAGAGAUUUCGGUAUGGAGGAGCUUGAAGCAGAAAUGAUAUCCUCGGGAUAUGAGGCUCGUGGUCAAAAAGAAGUUAAGAACGAAGUUUUAAGGAGAUAUUUCACUAUGAAGGAGCUUGAAGAAGAAAUGGCAUCCUUGGGAUUUGGGGGACCUAACAACCAUUUCAAAGAUAUCAUUUUGAAAUUAGUUCUCCCUCAUACCUUACCGCGGGAUUUAUCAAGAGAGAUUAGGCUCCAACCUAUAAAAAGCUUAAUCAUUCACGGACCACCUGGAACAGGAAAAACACUGGUUGCGAGACGCUUAGCGAAAAUUCUCAAUGCAAAAUUAAAGGUUGUUAGAGGGCCGGAGAUCAUAGGCACUCUGGUAGGAUCAGGUGAAAAGAAUCUGAGAGAUGUUUUUGCUCCAUCGAUUAAAGAUUUUGAGCAAAUGGGUGAUGAAAGUCCUGUUCAUGUAAUCAUAUUUGAAGAAAUCGAUGCCAUCGCAGGGAAAAGAGGAGUAAACAUGGCAACUGAUAGGAUAGCGAGUCAACUGUCAACAUUGGUUGAUGGCGUUAGCAGACAAACCAAUCUGUUGCUUGUGGGGACAACUAGUAGGAUUGAAUUGAUUGAUGAUGGCUUGUUGAGACUAGGGCGAUUUGGGUUGCGCUUGCGAGUAGAUCUACCAGAUGAAGAUGCACGGUUGAAGAUUCUGCAAAUCAACUCGAAAAGGAUGCAGAGAUGGAUCUCUUUUGAUUCUGACAUAGACCUUUCAGCCAUAGCUUCUGCAACACAGGGAUUAAGCAUAGUUGAUAUUGAGGGUUUGUUACAGACAGCAUUGGAAAAUGCAUUGUUUCGUAGUUCUGAAGGACGUCACUUCAAGGCGGAGGAUAUUCAAAUUAUGAAGGUGGACAUUCAAAUGGCCCUUAAAGGUUUUGGCAGAGAUCUUUGAAUAGCACUGGAGAUCGAGGUGCUACGGACUGAAAAUACAGUCAUUCACUAAAGUUAGAGGCUAUGCAAUACUCUUAUCCUGUUUUUAGCUUACAGUUCUUUUGGAUUUUAGAUUUAAAGUUUUACGUUUCAAAAUUCCACGACUUCAUUAUGUUUCAAGUUUAGAUUAUUGAAACAUCUUUGCGCUGCUACUCAGGUUUUGUUCGUUGCCCAUAAUGCAUGUUGUUCUUCA